CGUCGGAAGAGCUAGGGUUUGCUCGUUAGGGUUCCGUUGGGCUGCGGGGUGUCGGAGAUGGCGGUCGGGGAGGCGCUGCGGCGGCUGUGCGAGGAGGUCGGCUGGUCCUACGCCGUCUUCUGGAAGGCCAUCGGCGCCGCUGACCCCGUGCACCUAGUGUGGGAGGAUGGCUGCUGUGGCCACGCAUCUUGUCCAGACGGAUCUGAGGCUUCCGAGGGUGGGUGCGAAUCAGGUGGCGCCGUCUGCACCCUUGUUAGGAAGGUUAUGGCAUCACAGCUUCACGUUGUCGGGGAAGGUACCAUUGGUCGUGCCGCUUUUACUGGGAAUCAUCAGUGGAUUGUCCACGACACUGCCGGUGAUCACGGGCUCAGACCUGAGGUUGCUGCCGAGAUGAAUACUCAGUUCAGAGCUGGAAUCCAGACUAUUGCAAUAAUUCCUGUGUUACCACGUGGUGUACUACAGCUCGGCUCUACUAGUGUGGUUAUGGAAAAUACAACUUAUGUGCUUCAGUACAAGAAGCUUUGUUCUCAGCUAAAUAAUCGAUCAAGUAUGGUUGCAUCUACUUCAGCUAAAAAUGAUUCUAGCCAGAAGGUUCAGCCACGCUCUUCGCAUGGUCUUCUGGGUGUCUACCCUACAGAUACUUGCUCAAAAGCCUUUAAUGGGUCCACAGUGGCUUAUGAACAGUUCUAUGGUGCUGAUGCGACAACAGUGUCAAGCAGUACAUCAGUAAACACUGGAAGGAAAGCUUCCUUGCUUAAGGUGGCACAGAGAAAUGAUGAAGCUAUCGGAGAUCACAGUUUAUUUGCUCCUGAUAUGAGGUUCAGACGACAAACUUCUUAUUGUGACAGAAGAGUUGAAAGUGCCUCACAAAGCAGUGUGGUGAGCUCAGGUUUUAUCUCUUCUACCUCAACAUCAGCAGAAAAGCAUCCAUUGUUAAUCAAUGAUGGACAUCUAGAACUAGGAAACAUGGAAGAGUCAUCAGAUAUAAGAAGUCUUCUGCUAAAAUCUCUUGCACGCCGUAACCCUGUUAUCCAUGAAAAUACAAGCAUGCCCCUGUUGCAUGGAGGGAGUGAGGUGUUGGAUUUUCUGAACAGUCGUGGAAAUUUUGAUUUUCUCCCUGAAGGUAACAGAAUAGUCAAGUCUAACUUGUAUAACAGCUCAACAAGUCAAGUAUUAGACCAAAGUUGUAGGUCUACUUCUGGGAUGACGGUGCACAAUCCAGCUAUUUCAUAUAAAAUCCCCCAAUCUGCCCAACUCAUUAUGAAAAUGGGCAGUCCCAGAAGAGACUCGUGUCAUGCUGCUGCGGCUCUAUCCUCUGGGUCCGAAGUUCAAGCUUUUAGUGGAUUAAAAGCAGAAUAUUCUCAGGAGAAUCAACUGGAUAUUACGGAUAAUGUUUGCCAAAACGUAAAGGCUAAAGAAGUAAACGACUCCAGUUUUGCUGUAAGAAUACAAGGUGUGAAGAAUAUGGAUCGACAGAAGCUACCGGACAUCUCAAGUGAACGAUCUUCCUCAUUUCUUAUGGAUUCAACUACAGGAAAUGAUUUGUUUGAUAUCUUUGGUGCUGAAUUUCCUCACCUGUGCCACAAUGUGGAUGGCGAUCUAACCUGGAACACUGCAAAACAGGAGAGCUCGCAGAGAGAUGCUCCUGAAUCAUCAGUUUAUCCUGACACCUCUCCAGUAUUUGGUGCACUGGAUGACGAGUUCCCUUUUUCGGGAAUCUUCUCACUAACUGACAGUGACCAACUAUUGGAUGCUGUUAUCUCCAGUGUCAAUCCGGUUGGUAAGCAGAUCUCUGGUGACAGUGCCUCUUGCAAGACUUCAUUGACAGACAUGCCUAGCACCUCUUAUUGUGCCUCAAAAGAGGCAAAGCAACAAGAGUCAUGUGGUGCUCCUCCUUUGCUAGUCAAGAAUGAGUUGACCGUUUCAAAUUUUGUUAAACAGCCAUGUUUCCUGGAGAAGACUGAGGAUGGUUGUCUCUCCCAAAAUAAUGGGAUGCACAAAUCUCAAAUACGCCUUUGGAUUGAGAGUGGGCAUAACAUGAAAUGCGAAAGCGGGUCAGCCUCGAAUAGUAAAGGUCAUGAUACACCAAACAAGGCAAACAGAAAGAGAUCUCGGCCAGGAGAGAGUUCAAAGCCUCGACCAAAGGACCGUCAACUCAUUCAGGAUCGUAUAAAGGAGCUCCGGGAACUUGUACCUAAUGGGGCAAAGUGUAGCAUUGAUGCUUUAUUGGAAAAGACCAUCAAGCACAUGGUUUUCUUGCAGAGUGUGACAAAGCAUGCUGACAACCUCAAGGAUUCCAAUGAAUCUAAGAUACUUGGCGGUGAGAAUGGUCCUCUUUGGAAAGACUACUUUGAGGGUGGUGCGACUUGGGCCUUCAAUGUUGGCAGUCAAUCCAUGACAUGCCCAAUCAUUGUUGAGGAUCUUGACCGGCCUCGUCAGAUGCUUGUGGAGAUGAUUUGUGAGGAUAGAGGGAUCUUCCUAGAGAUAGCUGACUUCAUCAAAGGACUUGGAUUAACCAUCUUGAGGGGUGUGAUGGAAGCACGCAAAAAUAAGAUCUGGGCACGGUUCACUGUUGAGGCCAAUAGGGACGUGACUAGAAUGGAGAUUUUUCUCUCUCUCGUGCGCUUGUUGGAACCUAGUUGUGAUGGCGGCGGAUCAGGAGAGAAUCCUGAUAAUGUGAAGAAGCCUCUUGGGAUUGCACAACACCAAAUUAUCCCAGCAACAGGUCAUCUUAGAUGAGCACGGGCAUCAUCAUCCGAGGCAUCUUUCAAGAGCUAAGAGCAGGAGCUCAGUUUACUUCUGCAAUGACUAGCAUCGUCAGCUCACUGAGUAGCAGGUUUCUCGUACCCAUGGAUCUUUCUCAACCGGGCGUGCAGAAAUCCUAACAGUAGAUGCAUGAAGACGUCGGCAAGCGGUUUAACAAAUGAUCAGUAGGAAGUGUUCGGCUUGUAUAAUCUUUGUUUUCUGUUUGUUACUAAUGUUUGUUCUCCUGUUAGUGAGUUUUGUUCUGUUGAUCUAGUGAAUGGCAAUUCUGAGUUGAUCUACUCUUACAAAUCACGAGGAUUUGUUUUACAUGUACCAUGUUUUACUGGGCUACCUUUUGAGGUUUCAUCCGGCGGCAAUUUUACAA